GGCGUCUUAUAUUAGCGAAGUUGGCGAGUGGCUAUGCUAGCGAAGUUGGCCACUGGCGAGCUGUUUGGCAUAUCGCAGAUGAAUUGGCAUGCAAGGUAGCAACACAUCUCAGCGCCAAAUUUCGGCACCAAUGCAAUUAGAGAGAAGAGUAUCCACGCCGAGAGUAGUAGUGGACCUAGUGGUGGUGAACAGAAGAGAUGGACGCUUGGUAGGACGUGCGGCAUCAUCUCAUUAGCCAGCCCAGUGGUUGAUAACAGCAGCAGGACACGUGGCAUCAUCUCCCAUCGGCCACCGCAAGCCACUAGCCAUCCUCUCCGUACCUCUUCUUGAUGAACAAGGAACAUGGAUAUGUCAAGGAUGGCCGUGACGGCCUCGCUGGCUGCAGCGGCCCGUCUUUCACAGGAGAGAAGGGAUGCGGAGGCCAUGCCUUCAACAAGUGUGUCUUUUCCAACUGCGGCACAACCUGAAAUUAUGAGAGCUGCAGAGAAGGAUGAGCAGUAUCUGAAGCAUGUGUGUGAUGCCUGCUUUGAUGCAGUUCGUCACUUGAUGGGCAUUGGAGUCGCCAUCAAGUAUUCUGCCGAGAUCAAAAUGGCUGGUGCAGCAUUGUAUCACUCCUGCACAACUGGGAUGGGAUUGCAGACACUCGGGGAAGAGUACUGUGAUAUAAUGCAGGUAGAUGAAGGUCGUGGCCUACUGCCUUCUAUACCGAGGCGCACCGCGAUGAUUCUGCUUGAGACUGUCAUGCCGUAUGCCAUCAACCGGCUAAGUACACAGGUGUCAGCACGCGGAUUGGCCCUCGCUCUUCAGGACAAUCCAGAGCCAUCGGGAAGUCAGAUGUCGCCUCUUGGUGGCAAUGUUGGCAACGCUGCAGCGAUGAAUUUGGAGGUGGAAGAUGUUCAACAAAGCCAGAGUGGUGACACAGGUAUUCUGCCGAGUACGAACUCGUCAAGCGCUGGUAACAGUGAACACCGGGUUGAUCAAGAUGAUGAGGUGCACAUCCAAGACCAUGGUGGAGAUGGCCCGUCUCUUCUUUCCCGCAGGCAGGGAAGGGUUUCUGUCUCUGGGGUUGGCACAGACUCCAUAGGGCAUCAUCAUCCGCACCACCCCCAACAUGCCCAACUCCAUCAGCAUCAUCAGCGCCAUCAGCACCAUCGUCAUCGUCAUCAACAUCAUCGCCAGGUAGCUCCUUCUUUGAGCAGUGGACCUGUCUGGUUCAGAGUGAAGUUGGGUCUGCUGCUACUGAGGCUAAGGACCAGCAUUUGGGCGAGAGUGAGGGGCCGAUGGGAAGCCUUUCUCCGACAUUGGCCACUGCUGGUGCGUCGGCUGAAGGAAAGUUUUGGACUCGUAAUGCGACUUCACCUGAUGAUGUUCUACUUCCAUGGUUUAUACUUCCAUCUGUCGAAGAGGGUCACAAGCGUCCAGUACAUUUACACUGGAAAGUCGUCUGAACAGCGACCAAGGUUCGGUGGUUCAGUAGCGAUUCAAUCCAUGCUCACAUGAUUCGCUGCCUUUUUUACCUUUGUUGAGUGCUUCGGUGAAUGAACUGGUAGCAGUGUC